GCUUUUUUCUUUUUCUUUCUGGUUUUAUUUUCUUGUUAAUUUGUUCGUUUCCAAUUCCCAUUUUCUUUCCUGGUCUGUUUGGGUUCCGAGAAAAUGGGAUUCGUCAGUGCUUUGCUGGGAAUUAUUGGGUUUGGCGUUGGAGUCCCCUUUGGUCUUGUUCUAGGUUAUUUCAUUUUCAUACACAAUGAGCCCCAAGAUGUAAAGGUUCCAAUUAUAAGGCCACUUCAUGACUUGGAUUCGGACUCUUUGCUUGAUCUUUUGGAUGAGAUGCCACUAUGGGUGAAGACUCCUGAUUAUGAUCGAGCUGACUGGUUGAACAAGUUUAUUUUUGAUAUGUGGCCUUAUGUUGAUAAGGCUAUAUGCGGUAUAAUAAGAAGCACUACAGAACCAAUAUUUGCUGAGUAUAUUGGCAAGUUUCAGAUAAAAUCCAUUGAUUUUGAGACUCUGAGUCUGGGAACUCUUUCCCCCAUAGUUCAUGGUAUUAAAGCACAAGAAACUAAUGAAGUUAAUGAACUAAUUCUUGAGCCUGCAAUAAGAUGGGCUGGAAAUCCCAACAUAAUUCUGGUGUUGAAACUAUUGUCUCUCCGAAUCACACUACAGUUAACGGACUUACAAAUAUCUAUGGUGCCUCGAAUAGUUUUGAAACCUCUAGUACCAACUUUCCCCUGUUUUGCCAGUGUGGUAGUAUCUUUGAUGGAGAAGCCACAUGUAGAUUUUGGACUAAAACUUUUGGGAGGAGAUAUUAUGGCUAUCCCCGGUUUAUAUCAAUUCAUUCAGAAAACUAUAAGAAGACAAGUGGCUAGCCUCUACCUCUGGCCCCAAACUCUUGAAAUGCCUAUUCUUGAUGCUCUGGUAGCACCUAUCAAGAAGCCUGUGGGGUUAUUACAUGUAAAGGUUGUACGGGCACGCAAACUCUUGAAGAUGGACAUCCUUGGAGCAUCCGAUCCUUAUGUUAAACUCAGUCUAAGUGGGGAGAGGCUUCCAGCAAAGAAAACUUCUAUUAAGAUGAAGACACUGGACCCUGAGUGGAAUGAAGAUUUCAAAUUGAUUGUAAAGGACCCAAAAUCUCAAGUCCUACAGUUACAUGUCUAUGAUUGGGAAAAGGUAGGGAUGCAUGACAAGUUGGGAAUGCAAGUAGUUCCACUGAGAUUGCUCACUCCAAACGUGACUAAAGAAUUUACUCUUGAUUUGCUCAAGAACACAAAUCCUAACGAUCCCCAUAACAAGAAGUAUAGAGGAAAAAUAGUGGUGGAAAUGACCUUUAAUCCUUUCAAAGAAGACAAUGAAAGAUUUAGUGGACUUUUGAAUGAACAUAUGAGGAAUGACAGUGGGGGUGAAAGAGCAACUGAAGAUGUGCCCUCCUCUGGUGCAGGUUUACUACUAGUUGUGAUACAAGGUGCUGAGCAUGUUGAAGGGAAGCAUCACAACAACCCCUAUGCUAUCAUCCUUUUUAAAGGAGAACGGAAGAAUACUAAGCUAAUCAAGAAAACCCGGGAUCCAUGCUGGAAUGAGGAAUUCGAAUUUAUGCUAGAAGAGGCACCAGCAAAGGAGAAGAUCCAUAUUGAAGUUAUGAGCAAGAGGAAAGGCUUUGGUUUCAGCUUUAAGGAAUCGCUGGGGCAUGUUGACAUCGACCUCAUCGAUGUUGUUCAUAAUGGCCACAUUAACAAGAAGUACAAUCUCAUUCGAUCAAAGCAUGGAGUAAUACAUGUCGGACUACGGUGGAAGGUGACUUGAGCAAUGGAGUCGUACAUGUCUGCAGUGCAGGUCGUAAUUUGUAAAGAUCAGUUUGUUUGGGAUUUUGCAGUGAAGUCAGCCGAACUCCGCCAUCAUUUUGAGGGUCAUGUAGCCUGUAGGCCUUGGACUGCUCUACACAUUUCAAGCUUGGGGGCAAGCUUCUUUAUAAGGGCCAAAGCUUUCAUUUUCAAGGAUGGGCCUGAGAUUCAACA